UGAUAGACGAUCCAAGACAGUGCCUGCACCGUACCGGCAUUUCUUUAGUGCAACUGCUUCUUUUCAGCUUGCACUGAAGCGCAAUUUAGCUCUGUUUUUGAUGCCUCACUUUUGCUUCACAGCUCCUUAGCAUCAUCAACCCGAACAACAUCAAUAGGCUACUACAAAUCAGACACUACCAUGGCGGAUACUACAGAUACCAGACAGAGCACAUCGUUGCCUCUCAUCUAUAGUCCUACACAGACUGACAUCUUGUGUGGCAAAACAAAGCAAUGUAUGCUCCACCCUGGAACCCAACGGUUUCGUUUGGUCAUCGAGAGCUUCAGAGACAGUUACGCAGGAGCGUUGACCAAGUUUGAUAAGAUGUGUGUAACAAAGCAACUAGUGGAUCUCCUCAACCAGGCUUCGGCUCGCUUCCUCAAGUACAACAACAAGGAGAAGGCUUGGGAGGAGCUCUCCAGCCUCCAAGCUCGCGAUAAGGUUGGCCACGCGUUGCGCUUUGCAAACCGGAUCACUCGCAAGGCUGGAGCUGGUGUUGGGGAUUCAUUGCCGUCUCUCGCGUCUGUCAAACAACAACCAGCUCCAUCCUGUUCUACUUCGCGCAUCGCUCUGAUCCCCGCUGUGAUCCCCAUGAUCAAGACGAGCACGACGACCAGCUCUUUUAGCUUGAAUCAAGUGGCCCACGCCAGCAUCACAAAGCUGCACUCGGAACAAGUUCUCCCGACUCUGCAACUUCCGAUGACUGCUACUUCACUGGUGGCAGCCAGUCUUCCUUUGAACCAACCGGCAAGAUAUGUCUCUUCCUCGGCAUACAGCGAUGAUGCUCGGACAAGCAGCGCUCUUCAAGGUCGCUAUGAGGCUUCAAUGGAGACAAUGUCUAGUACGAUGAGACUGGCGGGAGAAACAGUAGCUCUUUUGAACACUCUGAGGUCUUGCUCUUCAAUCGUGCCCAACCUCCCUGAGCCAGCCAAAGUUCCUGAUUCUCAAGAGGAGGCUCCACUAGAGGAUGAUUUCCUGAGUUUUCCCAUGCUCGAAGAUGACUCCUUGGGUGCCCUGGAUGGUUUGACAGAGGUGUCACCGGCAAUCUUUGGGUAAUGGCUCUGUCUCUUUUUGGGGAGCCGUACCACUGAGGGGUUCUUCCUGCCAUGCCCCGCCACUGCCUUUCUACGUGUUGCUACAUGUAGUUACAUAAUUUGCUUUGUACAGCUUCUUGUACAUAAAUAAUUGCAAUUUUUCAAGCCUUACGCUAGGUAUGUUGCACUCAAGAGCGGUGUUGUUGUGGUGGCUCCCGCUGUGACCAUGAGUCGACCAUGGCCAUGGUCGAGCGAGAUUAUACGGGAAUGCGGUAGAAAACAGAUUGACUGGAAGGUCUUCAUCGAUCCAGUAGGAACAAUGCUGAUACUGAUAACUGUAUAGUAGAUCAUUGUCCAACAUACUACGGUGGGAUCUCUGUCUUGGAGAUUGGGUCAAUACUCUAGUAGCUAGCUAGUAUCUGUUGCAUAACAUCCAACUAUCCACCCUAUCAUUCCAACCUUCCUGCUGUGACGUGUGACCUGCCUUUUAGCCCCAAGUUGUCCGGAAGAAAACAGACUGUCUUGAUAGGUCUUGCUUGCCCCCGUGCAAAAGCGAAGUCUUGUGCUUCCUUUGUCAGUCGCCAAGGCCUGUUUUCGCUCGUCUCGUUCUUGCUUUUUGCGUUGUAAAAUAAGGGUAGGUGAGGUAUAAUUAGUGUCUAAUAUACGUACAAAAUAGGAGUAUCAUUACCUA